AUGUCCUCCACCUGUGCUCUGAGACUCACCUCCACGGCCUUGCGACCCAGCCUGUCCGCCACCUAUCGAGCGCAAGCCCAGGUCGCACGACCUGCAGCCGUCUUCCAGGCUCGUCGCUAUGCUUCCAAAGGUGAGGGCGAGAAGGACGAUCUUGGUGGCCCGGGCGGACAGGAGCCUCCAGAUCCCCAGGCGCGCGCGGACCAGAACAGGAGCAUGCGCAACAAGACUAUCGCGGGGAUGCUCCUCGCCAUCAGUGUCCCCCUGUUCUACAUGGUCGGCCAGCCCGGCAAGAUCGCCGAGAAGGAGCUGGACAACAAUUCUGCUGGGCCAUUUGCCAAGAACAAUCCGGGCGAGAAUCUGAACAAGGUCCAGGGAGGGUUGCCGGGCGGCCGUCAGGAGCAACGGAAUCAAUGGGAAGGCAAAGGAGGUCAGGAUUGA